AUGUCUUCAGAUGCUGAGAUGGCUGUCUUUGGAGAGGCAUCUGCAUAUCUCCGAAAGUCAGAAGAGGAAAGAAUUGAGGCCCAGAACAAGCCUUCUGAUGCCAAGUCAUCCUUCUUUGUGGUGUAUCCUAAGGAAUCCUUUGUGAAAGGAACAAUCCAGAACAAAGACUCAGGGAAGGUCACUGUCAAGACUGAAGGUGGAGAGACCCUGACCGUGAAGGAAGAUCAAAUCUUCUCCAUGAACCCUCCCAAGGACGAUAAAGUCGAGGACAUGGCCAUGAUGACCCACCUCCAUGAACCCGCUGUGCUGUACAACCUCAAAGAGCGUUAUGCAGCCUGGAUGAUCUACAUCUACUCGGGUCUCUUCUGCGUCACUGUCAACCCUUACAAGUGGCUGCUGGGGGCAGAGAUAAUAUAUUCUGUGCAGCUGACAGAGUCAAAUGCUACACUCACUCCCUAG